UAAUGAUCCAACAUCAAUAGUACAUUGAUCAAAUACCAAGAGCUGUAAUACGUAAACUCAGUAAAAAAAUGGCAAAGAGCUUUGCUUUUGCUGGCCUCAUUGCCUCUGCUCUUUGCUUCUCCUCUCUCUUUAGCUACGCCUUCGCUGGCGCCAACAUGUUUGUUGAAGGAAAAGUAUACUGCGACGUUUGCCGCGUCGAGUUCGAAACCAAGCUCAGUGAACCCAUCAAAGGUGCUGUAGUGAAGUUGGAAUGCAAGAUCCGAGAGAACAACACACUGACUUACGCGGUGGAGGGAGAGACUGAUCCGCAGGGCAUUUACCGGCUACCGGUGGAGGGCGAACACGAGGAAGAUAUUUGUGAGGUUCGGUUGGUGAAGAGUGGAAUGACAGACUGUAUAGAACCAUUCAAAAGUACGGAUCGAGCACGUAUUUUACUUUCCCAAAAUGUUGGAGUGGUUCAAGCAAGCCGAUACGCUAACCCUUUAGGGUAUAUGAAGAAGGAAGCUAACCCUAAUUGUGGACAGGUUCUUUUAGAUAUGGGCUUCCUUCCUAAUGUUGAUGUUUAAUUAAUAAUUUAAAUCAUUUGGAAAAUUUAUAUACAAUUUCUAAAUAAGUAAGCUUCAUACAUUUGUUUUUUUAUUGAUAAAUUUGUGUGUGUUUUGUGUUAACUAUGUCAAUAUUGUAGUAGCUCAGUGACAUUGGUGGAAUUAUAACAAAACUUUACCAUAAUAUCCACCAUUGAGCUCA